UUCCAAACUUUCUGCUGCACUCAACCCUUUUUUUUUUAUAUACGGCUAUUAUUUUGCAGUAUAUUGCACAGCCUGGACUUUGUACAGAUGUUUACAAUGACAACUUGAGGAAUUUGGAAAGGACUUCAUUUAUUUUAUUGUUGCACAGAGACCUCAUUUUAAGAGUGUCACACACUGCAGCUAUACAUCUUAACUGCGAAGGUAGAGGGAGCAUAAGGCAUUAGUAUCAGCAAGAACGGGCUGACAAAGAGCCCUUUGUACAGGAGGUGGAGGAGCAGCAGGCGGGUCGGGGGCUGCCAGGCAGCCCCUCUACUUAGCCACUCUUGGUGCCCUCUCGUUAUAUUAAGUGGGGGCUUUGGAUACUUUGGGGGACCUUCGGAUCUGCAGUCGGGAGCAGCUAGUGGGGAUGUCUAGGAUACAGACUGGAGGAUUUGCAGCGCUGCUGUUGGGGCUGCUGGCAACAUCCAUUCUGCCAGGCUUACAAGUUUCAGGUGAAAUGGACUUAUCUGAUUCCAAUGACCCUCUGAGGCAAAUUGAUGGGCAUGACCGGCUUGUCCCUACUCCCAGGGGUUAUUUCCUAACAUUUACGGAACCAGUAAACAACAUCACAAUCGUACAGGGGCAGGCAGCCACUCUCCAAUGUAAAGUAGCAGGAAAUCCACUCCCCAACAUCAGAUGGCUUAAGAAUGAUGCCCCAGUGGUUCCCGAACCCAAGAGAAUCACCAUAAGGAAAACCGAGUACGGCUCACGGUUAAGGAUACAGGAACUUGACACCACAGAUACUGGCUACUACCAGUGUGUUGCAACUAAUGGAAUAAAGACAAUUACUGCCACGGGUGUGCUUUUUGUCAGGCUUGGACCAACACACAGCCCGUACCCCAACAUCCAGGAUGACUACCAGGAAGAUGGCUUUUGUCAGCCCUACAGGGGCAUCGCUUGUGCAAGAUUCAUUGGUAACAGGUCCAUUUUCGUUGACUCUCUCCAGAUGCAAGGGGAAAUUGAAAACCGAAUUACAGCUGCAUUUACCAUGAUUGGCACUUCUACCCAACUGUCUGAUCAGUGCUCGCAGUUUGCCAUCCCAUCGUUUUGCCACUUUGUGUUUCCACUUUGUGAUGAAUUAUCAAACACUCCUAAGCCGAGGGAGCUGUGCAGAGAUGAAUGUGAAGUAUUGGAAAAUGACCUGUGCCGCGAAGAGUACAACAUUGCUCGUUCCAACCCUCUAAUACUCAUGCAGCUGCACCUUCCAAACUGCGGAGAUCUGCCUCUGCCCGAGAGUCCAGAAGCUGCCAACUGUAUGAGAAUCGGGGUCCCGGUGGAGAGGCUGAACAGAUAUCAACAGUGUUACAAUGGAACUGGGUUUGAUUAUAGAGGUUCAGUGAGUGUCACCAAGUCUGGUCACCAAUGUCAGCCAUGGAGCCAGCAGUUUCCAAACUCUCAUCAGUUGUCCAGUGUUGACUAUCCAGAGAUUGGUGGAGGCCACUCAUAUUGCCGAAACCCAGGCGGGCAGAUGGAAGGUCCCUGGUGUUUUACACAAAACAAGAAUGUUCGCAUGGAGCUGUGUGAUAUACCUGCUUGCCGAACACGUGAGAACACAAAGAUGGAGAUCCUUUAUAUAUUGGUACCUAGUAUAGCUAUACCUUUGGUCGUCGCCUGCCUGUUCUUCUUAGUCUGCAUGUGCAGAAACAAACAGAAGGCAUCAGCAGCUACACCUCAGCGCCGCCAGCUUAUGGCCUCACCUAGCCAGGACAUGGAGAUGCCCCUGAUGAACCAGCACAAACAACCGGUAAAAGUCAAAGAAAUAAAUCUUUCAAGCGUGAGGUUUAUGGAAGAGCUUGGAGAAGAUCGUUUUGGAAAAGUAUAUAAAGGACAUCUUUUUGGUAGUGCUCCAGGAGAACAGAUACAGACAGUUGUCAUUAAAACACUGAAAGACAAAGUUGAAGUAGCUCUUCGUGAAGAAUUCAAGCAUGAAGCCCUUAUGAGGUCAAGAAUGCAACACCCAAAUAUUGUCUGCCUUUUUGGGACAGUAACAAAGGAACAGCCAAUGAGCAUGAUAUUUAGCUAUUCCCCACUAAGUGAUCUUCAUGAGUUUCUGGUAAUGAGAUCUCCACACUCUGAUGUUGGCAGCACAGAUGACGAUAAGACUGUAAAGUCAACUUUGGAGCCAUCUGAUUUUCUUCAUAUCGUGACACAAAUUGCAGCUGGUAUGGAGUUUCUGUCAAGCCACCAUGUUGUCCACAAAGAUCUUGCCACUAGAAAUAUUUUGGUGUUUGAUAAACUUACUGUUAAAAUUUCUGAUCUGGGCCUCUUUCGGGAAGUAUAUGCUGCAGACUACUAUAACCUGAUGGGGAAUUCCAUGCUGCCUAUAAGAUGGAUGGCCCCAGAAGCAAUUAUGUAUGGCAAGUGCUCCAUUGAUUCUGACAUUUGGUCCUAUGGAGUUGUGUUGUGGGAAAUUUUUAGCUAUGGCCUGCAGCCAUAUUGUGGGUAUUCCAACCAAGAUGUCAUUGAAAUGAUUAGGAACCGUCAAGUCUUGCUGUGUCCAGAUGAUUGCCCUGCAUGGAUAUAUAACCUCAUGCUUGAGUGCUGGAAUGAAUUCCCAGCAAGAAGACCAAGGUUCAAAGACAUUCACACAAGAUUAAGAACAUGGGAAAAUAUGUCUAACUACAAUAGUUCUGCACAGACAUCUGGCGCAAGCAAUACUACACAGACAAGUUCUCUUAGUACCAGCCCAGUUAGCAAUAUCAGCAAUGCUAGGUAUGUUGGACCAAAGCAGAAACCCCAGCCUUUCCCACAAGCACAAUUUUUACCAAUGAAAGGACAAAUACGACCAAUGGUGCCCCCUCCACAACUCUACAUCCCAGUAAAUGGCUAUCAGCAGAUGGCAGCUUAUUUUUACCCUGUCCAAAUACCAAUGCAAAUGGCCCCUCAACAAAUGCCUCCUCAGAUGAUUCCAAAGCCUGGUUCUCACCACAGUGGGAGUGGUUCAACCAGCACAGGAUAUGUUACAACUGCACCGUCAAACAACUCUAUGGCAGACAGAGUUGCCCUUCUUGCAGAUGGUUCAGAAGAAGCCCAUAUUACAGCAGAGGAUGUAUCACAAAAUGCUGUACAAGAAGAGGAGGAAGGUUCUGUACCAGAGACUGAAUUGCUGGGUGAUAAUGAUACAUCUCUUCUAGAUGAAACAGAUAUCCAUUCUGAAGCUUAAAAUUAGUUUUUUUUAACAUAGAAGACUUCCAUAAGACUUGACUAGCACAUGGCUAAUUUAACCUGCAUUUGGACAAUUUAACCACACGGUGCCUAUAAUACAAGUUAAAAAUUACAAUUUGAGCCAUACACAGGGAAUUGCGCUAAUUUAAUUUUCGCAUUGACGCCAGCAGUGCUUUCUUUUUUGUAGUUUGUAAAAUGUUGAAAUGUGCUUACAGGUAAUGUACUGUUGCUAUGCAACAUAUGGCUAAGUAGCAGUGCACAUCAUGUGCGACUGAGACUGUGAUUUUACAUUUAGUGACAUUUACCAUUGUUGCUGUUUAGGAACAAUGAAAGUAUAUGACAGUGUAUCUCACUGUACUACUUCUUAACCCUUCGGCUGGAACCAAACUUACUAAUAGAUACUGGUCUAUUUUUUUUUUAUUUUUUUUUUGGCACAUAAAGAAAAUUUAUGUUCCUGAUUUUCAUUUUGUCUUAGGAAGGAAGGAAACUUCUGUCAAUUUCUUAAAAAAUUUAAUUAGAUAAAAUUAAGCCUAAUGUUAAAGCGAACGUAUUUUAAUUAAGAUAAUCAUCUAGAAAUGUCUACCUUUUUGUUUAAUAUUGAGCAAAAAAACAAACAAACAAAAACAAAACUAAUAACUUUGCUGUUUUAUUUGUAACAACUUAAAUAACAAAAAAGUAGCAGAUAUUGCUAAACCGGACUCCAAAGCUAGUAAGUGGAGCUUGUUGGAAUUAAAUGCUAUUAACACUAAGUUUUAUGUUUUUCCUUUGUUUAGACCAAAAUAAAUAAUGCCAUUGUGGUUGCUUUUGCAAAAGUAAAUCAUGUACAGUUGUUUAAAUGUAAUUUAUGUUUUAUUACCUUUUUAUAUACUUUUUUUUUUAAAAAAUUGAAGUAUUGGGAUCCGUGAAAAAAGGACUUUAUAAUUUAACCAUUUAGGUUUUUCACUAAAGUUUACCGUACACAUUUUUUGUAUUUUUUUUAAAUGCGAGAUGUGUAAACAGGUCAAUACAUUUCAUAUCUUUGUUUUGUAAAACGUACAAUAAAAAACUUUUUUGCAUUUUUGUACCCUAGUUUACCUAGUUUAAUUUUGUAAAGCAAGCCGUGUCUCUAAUAAACGAUGGAAAAGAUGGA